AUGCUCGCCCCGGCUCGUGCUGACUAUUUCGCUGCAUACACUACAGAACGCAGUACGAAACCAGUUCCAGUAGAACUAGCCAGGCCAAGACGGGCAUCUCUGCUAGCCGGUCUUCUUCGAAGCCCCGAGGUCGACGCAGAGCCUUCAUCGGCAGAACAUAGCGAGAACGGCCACUUUGCCGUUGGAACCACAUCGUCAAGGCCUACCAUCUCCUCCCGAAUUCGAAAUCUACAGGCACUUUUUCGGCAAGAUCGAGGCGUGCUCGUCGAGAGCAACCACAAUCUCAUGACGCCGACAGGCCUUGUCUCGACGCCAGCUCCGUCACUCCCUCCCAAUUGGUACGAGCUCGCCAUCAAGGCAAGGACCGCAACACUACGCGAAGCACAGCACAAGAUGUCAACGCCCGCACCCGUGCCAUCAGAAGCUGCUUCCGAAGGUCAAACAGCUUCGAUCUCAAAUGAAGAUGGUGGCACGGUCCGAGCUGAUGCGCUUGAAGGAUCCAAAGAGCCAGUGCUGGCGCCAGAGACCUCGCUCGUGCCAAAAGCCGAACCAGUUGUCGAGCCAUUAGCGUUGACAGAUGCGCCGUCAGCAACAGAAGCUAGUGCGGAGCAACCGAGCCAAGCGCUAGCUGGUGGUCUCGUUAGCGGUCCCGGUCCCAACGAUUCUGAGCCGUCAGCCGUGCAAGAGAUGGCUCCCGCUUCGUCCGUCAUCGAUCAGACAGUCGUUGCGGCAUUGUCCGCCAAGACCCUCGACCACGCAGCACCCGAUGGCGACCCGCUACGAACAGAAAUCAUGGGCCCACCGCCAUCCUUGCCAGCUGACUCCGCCUACCCACCGCUCAAUCCAGUGGCGUCGGACACGCCAGCACCAGCGCCCAUCCCGAAACGACGAGGUCCCGCAGCCGCUGUCAAUGGCACACAACGCAAGGCAGCCCCAUCGCAGGCACCCGCCGAUUUUGUGCCCCCAACCAACAUCAACGGCAAGAUGCCUUAUGCCCUGUUUCAAACCGUCAAAAAGACUGCCCCAACAGAUUCGCCUCAAGCCAACGUAGACGUGGAUCGGUCACGAAGGUAA